UAAGAGAUGGCCACAAACAUGCACACAACAAGCAGGUUAUGUUGUGUUCUUGUGAAUUUCGCUUCAGUUUUGCUUAAGAAUAGCAACUGAAAACAACAAUGAUUGAAAAGCUGGCUUCCACCGUUAUUGUUGUGGGCCUUGGAGCAGCUGCUGUAGGUUUUCUUGGACGUCACUUGUUGAGGACUAUGCCAGGAAUGACGAAGAAAGUUAAUGAAGCACUGAAGUCAUUUCCAACAAUGGAAUCUACCUUUGCUAACAGUAAAUAUUAUAAAGGUGGCUUUGAUCCAAAAAUGACAAGAAGAGAAGCUGCUCUCAUUCUAGGAGUAUCACCAAAUGCAAGCAAGCUAAAGAUAAAGGAAGCUCACAAGAGAAUUAUGGCUUUAAAUCAUCCAGAUCGUGGUGGUUCUCCGCUUAUAGCAGCUAAAAUAAAUGAAGCCAAAGAUUUACUAGAGAGUGGAAAGUCAUAAAAAAUGAUUAGUCUUUGUUCUUGGACAUGUUAUAGUUGCCUAAGUAACUGUGAAAUCCUGCCUCACAACUUCUUUCAUAUUUCUAUUUUAUUUAUAUAAAUGCUUUCUUGUAUAUAUGUAGAUAAAUUAUGGUGUGUGAUAUUGAUGUAUAUAUAAAUAGAAAGAGAUCUAAUUUUACAUUUUUAUAACCAUAUCACAAUGCAAUUUUGUAUAAUACCUUUCAAAGAUAAUAGACAUAAUUUGGAAUUUUUUAUUUGUCUGCAACACAUGUUAUCAAAGAUUAAUAGUCAAAAAUCUUCAUGAAGAGAACUUGUGCUAGUACCAAAUCAUGAAUUAUUGAAGUAUUGAAAUUUGUCUUUCUUUGAUGAUACUUAAUGUCCUUUACAGACACAGCUCCUUACUUAUUUUAACGGCAUAAAUAAAGUGUGAAUUCUUUAAAA